UGUGUCAAAUGUUGGAAUUACGAAAACAGCAAUAAAGCAAAAUCCACCAGAAGUCAAGCCAAAAAUUUGCAGAGUUUGGAAGGACGAAACUAAAAUCUUUCGAGAUAGCUAAUAUUUCGAAUAAGCAUUGAGAAUAUAUACACGAGUUCAGUGAAGUAGCGAAUUGCUGCUACGAUAGCAAUAACAAUUGCGUGGUGCGAAGCAAAUACACAACAGUUGUAUAAAAGCACGAGAUAAACGUAAUUUAUUGCGAGGACACCUCAUCCAAGCAAUACCUGACGCCUGCAUUUACACUAAGACCCACAGCCUAGCAACGAUUCGCUUCCUUUUGCCAGCAAGCAAGAUGUCGGUUGCAGACUUCCUGAAGGACCUUCCCAGUCACGAUGUACAAAACUUUUCGCAAUUUAAUAUGGAACAAGGUCUUCGUACAUCACAAAAACGACCCUCUGUAUAUCUACCCACGGAAGACGUACCAUCGGAGCAACAUAUUGUGAUGGAUAAACGAUGCGUGCUGCUGAGGUAUCUAAAACAGCAAUGGGACAAGAAAACACUACCAAGGAAACGUGAUCACAAUAGCGGCGAUGGAAAUGUGGGAAAUGGCACGGUGAAUAACAGUUGUAAAAAGCGUCCCCGAUUGGAACCCAUCGAAAUGAAUUAAAUUAUGUUAUAAAAAAAGAAGAGUUGGAUUGUGAGUUGUGAAAUGGGUGGGGCGUAGAGUGCAGCACAAAUAAUCAAUUUGUGUUUAAGAUGCGCUGGAACUUAUGGAUUAUAUGCUGAUUUCAUUUAUUAAAGCUUAUUUUUUAUUUUGUUUUUCAAUAACUGUACUAAAUUUCAGAAAAAAUUGGUUUUCAUUUAAAAAUGUUUGCGAACAUUUCUACGAAACUCCAACUCACACCAGAGGUCAAGUAAAACAAAAAAAAAAACAAACUCGAACUUGAAAAAAUAUUUUUUUAUACAAAUGCUUUCUCCAAUAGAUCUGGGAACAUAAAAGCGAAUUAAUGCAACAAUAAACCUGUCUGCAAGUUUGUUAAAUAUGGUGCGGACAUUGCGCCUAGCCAUUAUUACAUCUUAGUUGUUAAGGUAUUCUUUUUUAAAUGUAUGGAUGUAAGCAAAUUUUGUAAGAUUCGCAAGUCACAUUUAUGAAAUAUUUGGAAAUAACUUGUACUAAAGAAUAAAUUCACACAUGCACGCAUAUAAAA